AUGAGCCUCUCCAAUUUCUUAAGCUCCAUGAGCCAUCAUGUGGGAGUGGUUGACAUUGCCAAGGAUGAUGCUGAAGAAGAAGAGGCAGUCAUGGAGCAUGACCUAGUGUCUCUUGGAAACUUGGAAGAAGCCCCACAACAAAUGGAGGAAGCUGCUACCGCCGAGGUUGUUGCCCCACAAGAGGAUUAUGCCGCAGACGAGUUUUUCGCUAAAGAGGUGGACGAAUCUUUGAAAGAGUUCAAAACAAAAGCAACAAAUUUCAACCCUGAGAGUCCCUUCGAGAUGUGCACUCGAAGAUUUGUUGAGGAGCAGAAAGAUGACUUGAUGAAGGAUUUGAAGAAUGCCGAGGAUAUUGGAUUUGAUGAACAAGAAUCUGAAGAUGAGCUGCUUGUACCAGAGGUUAGCUGCCAGGAGAAGAAGAGGAUUGGAGCUGAUGUAGUGAGCCGUAAUGAAGCUUCUUAUGCUAAUGAUGAGGAGAGCGCUAAGGUGAAAUUGCAGUUUCAUUAUUUCAAAAUGGCGAGAGUGUUGAUUGUUGAUGCUAGUCAAACCAAGUAUUUCAACACAUACUUGCAACAAGUACCUAGUGAUCUGAGAGUGAGUUAA